AUGUUUACGAACAGAGAUUCUUCUUUUCUUCACCUUUAUCUUGUUUAUAUGCGCGAUAUGAAGUCAUUUGGUGGUAUGCGAGAUUCAGAGUUCAAUGCAAGUAUUGCCAAUUCAUCUACAGUGACAGAUAUUAAAUGUAAAUCCAAUCAAUUGUUUAAACGAAGAAGGAGUUGCCGCGCGGAGAACUUCUGCGAUAAAUCGUGGCACAUGCUAGAUCUCCAACGCAGCAUCACUGAGUCGUCUCUGAGUCAGCCCGAGUCAUAG